AGUAAUGUGAACCGUACAUUAAUAUAACACUAAUUGUUAACGGAGGCGACCCGUUCAAGUGUCGUGGUAGAUCUUGCUACUUUCUAGCAAAGUCAUCAAUGAACAGCGCUAAGUGAUAGAAUCACAAUGGUAAAUAUAGCUUUGAUGUUGUGUUAAGGGUUGCACAUCCACAGUGCGAAAAUGUCGAAAUCUAUUCCUUCACUGAAUGUUGUAUUGUAGCUAAACUUCCGUAUUUGGGCACUACAAGUCAUUUUGGGACGAUUUAUUUGCCGCGGACUUUACAAAUUACAAAAUAGAUAGACAAAAUAAGCGAGGUUGCAGUGACACUGCUUACCCAGCCUCAGCGGCCGCCCCGCCGACCUCCAUUUUGCCUGCGAAGCCGAGCUGCGUCUCACGUGUCCUGGGCUGUCUCCUCUCACAUGACCCGAGUGUUUGUUCCCGUGAUCAAGCACUUCCAUUUCCAUCCGUGGCAUUGAAGAUCCAUUUUUUAAAAUUCCGACCCUGAUGGAUAUGCUCGAACAGAGUCUGGACAACGCCAGCCAAGAUAAACAAGAAGAGGCGGUGCAGGCAUCAGACGACGGAACUGGAGACGAACAGACAGCCGUCACUAUACAGCAGGACACAACGUUUGGGGAAUACCAGUUCCGCACUGAGGGUGGUCAGGUGACGUACCGGGUGGUCCAGGUCACUGACCAGCACCAUGAGGGACGGGACGACAGUGACGGAGCGGUGAGCGUUGUUUCCACGGCGGCCUUCAGUGGUGCUCCGCAGGCUGUUGCUCAGGCGGUGAUCCAGAACCCUUUCAGUAAUGGAGGAAGCCCAGCAGGGGAGUCGGCGGGAGGUGAGGCGCGCUUCGCCUACUUCCCUGCAGCGGCGGUGAGCGACGGGACCGUCUCCGUGCAGGCCUCCGCCGCCGACCCGACCCUCACACAGGCGGGAGGCCAGUUCUACGUGAUGAUGACGCCUCCCGACGUCAUUCAGACGGGCGCCACGAGAAGCAUCGCCCCGCGCACGCAGCCCUUCCCUGCAGAUGAAAACCAGACGCUGCGGCACGAAGGUUUAAACUGGAAAAUGGAAGGCCCGCGAACACCGCGAGAUGAAAGAAGGAGAGCGCAGCAUAAUGAAGUUGAAAGGCGGCGGAGGGACAAAAUCAACAACUGGAUUGUGACACUCUCCAAAAUCAUCCCUGACUGCAACAUGGACAGCACCAAAACUGGAGCAAGCAAAGGAGGCAUCCUGUCCAAAGCGUGCGACUACAUUCGUGAGCUCCGCCAGGGCAAUCAGCGGCUGCAGGAUAGCCUGAAGGAAGUGGAAAGAAUCCAGGUGGACAAUGAGCUGUGCAGGCAGCAAAUCGAAGAACUGAAGAACGAAAACGCCUUGCUGAGAGCGCAACUUCAGCAGCACGGCAUCGACAUGGUGGGGGAGACGCCGCCGCAGUAGCGAAGUCGGAGCCUCUGCCGCCGCGCUACUUGGGAAAACUAGGACUUGUGAAGAAUCACGUUCGGCGAACUUGCCAGAGAUGCCCUCCUCUCGGCCUCACCCAGGCUAAGCUCGACUCUUCCGAAAAGAGGCACCCGCCAUGGAGGCAACUCACUCAAGGACGAUGACAUUUAAUUUCAUUAAGUCUACCCCGCCCAUUCCCACCCCUCACAGGAUGUCGUUAUCAUUACUCUGGACUAUUAGUUGACGCUUUCUGACUUCUUUAUUAAUGUCCCUUUUUAGCUUCUUUAAUUUAUUAGUCUGCUUGGCGACAGAUUGCUAGCAAGGAUAGCACUUACGCCAGCCAGACCACCCCCAAAUAGUCUAUCACUCACUCGCUAUCAUUGGUGCAGGCCUUUUCUCAGCGUGCAAUCGUGAAGCUCGACCGGGACGUGGGGAGCAAAUACUUGAAAUGUUGGGCAUUUUGCAGAGGAAUUCCGCUGUGGAUGACACGCUAGGAAAAUGAGGUGUAAGCAUAGGAAGCGUGGAUGUGCGCCUCAAAAGACAUGCAAAACAUCUCGCCUUCGCUCAGCCACACAAUAAUUGGUUGAAUACGCAGUCACUGCGAACCAGUUUUUUCUCCCCGCGUGAAUAAAAAUAACAGCAUGUCUAUUUUUUAUUUUUAUUUUUUAAAACGUCUCCACUGACAGUUUUCAUUACUAUGUAGGACUCCUGAGCCAAAGCAGAAAAGAUGGAUGCUUCCUGCAGAACGUGAAGUCAAGACUAAGAAUGCAAAUGCUACACAGACAUUCACUAAUUUGCUAAUCAUCAAAAGGUCGUAUUGUGGCUGAUUGGUCCCCACCGCCUGCCCUCAAAUCUUCUUCUGAAAGGGCAAAAUGAAGAAGACGAACUAUCCCCAAUACACCCCGCUCUGUAGCAGGCUCACUGUCUCUCAGGUUAGAUUGUAAGACAUCUUUUCUAUGUAAAAAUGGUUGAAAAUAAACCUUUACCUAGCUAUUAUCUUUAACAUGGCUUGGUUGUCACUUAGCUACGCACCCUCCGAAAUGCUGACAAGAUAAGGAAUGAACUAUUUGUAUCAUCUGUAAAAUAUUGGUAAGCUUUUGUGAUAUUUUUAAACAAAAUACAACUAAUUUGUUACAUCUUAGCAAACCUUCGUUUGAUUGCGUUUCCUCCUCAUUUGUUGCUUGGCAGAAUUUGUUGGGGACAAUGAUUUGUGGACAGCAGAGAAAGGACAAGGAAAGUCAGUGGGGAUAGUCAGAGUCAGGUAUGCAUUAAGGAUUUUAUAGUUGUAGGGUUUUCUCAGAUAAUUUUGGUAAACUCAUUCACCGCCAUAGACAGUUAAAUCCUCCCAGUCAGAAUAGAUUGGAGGCCUAUUAGGACCGUUUACAUGGUGACACUGCAAAACCAAGACGCAACAAUUGUGCUGCGGAAUGACCUCGCUUUUAUAUGGUGACAGCAAACACGGAAGGCGCACACGGAAAGCUUUGGGGCCGUUUACAUGGUGACUCUCCAAGAAUACGAAAAAUUUCAAAUUUGCAUUUGCGUCUCCAUUUGAACAAUGUCACAAUUCCGCAGGAAAACGAUGUAGUAUUCAUGCCAGGCCCUAGGGGGCAGUGCAGAUUUACAGGGCGACAGCGAAUGAUGCACUUUGACUCCACUAAGCGCCCUCAGCCCGGAAAAAAAUAUGCCCGCCCACUCGACGCAAUGGCAUUUUUCUUUUGUUCAAAAAGGCACAAAAAUUGAAACAGUCAACAUAUUUGAUUUAAAAAUAUUAUUAAAACAGUAAAUUAAAGCCGACAUUCUGCCAUAUUUGCUAUUUUUAAUGUUUAGUAGCACCGCUGCGCACGCCCAAUGUGACGUGUGCGAGGGCUGACGUUAAUGGCGUGGUCUCGCGCCGCGGGAGCCUUUGAUAUGCAUGCCGAGGAAGCCCCCCUCAUUCCCCCGCAAUCGGAUUCUUCCA